AUGGCUUCACCGAAUCAGCCUUUCAACGUGCUUGCAAACUCGCUUCGAGAACUCCUCAAAAGCUAUGACCAGCUAGAAGAAUCACUCAAGAGUCUGUCUAAAGAUGUGUUUAAAAUACGAGUGGAUUCCCAAAGUGCUGCUGUCGAUAUCUCGGUAUUUAGUGAAACCACGCGAAUGAAUCUAGUUUCCUACCUGACAAGUGUUAAAGAUAUGUCCGCAGCUAUGGUCAACGAGGACUUAAAGGCCUGCAAUUUUCGAGCGAUCUUGGCAAAAACUGUCAUGACCACAAGUUUGAAUUCGGAUGUGAAAGAAGUGAAUGCAGAUCGAAUGCUGGAAGCAGUGGAAAGCGUGAUUGAAUUACUACGAAGAUGUGAAGAGAGUAAACAACAAGUCAGCGAGGAUGAUAUGGAAAAACUCAUCAAAGAUGCAUCAAAGGAAGCUAACAACAUUAUAAAGGACUUUAUUAUGGGUUUGCUCCAAAAGAUAAAAGAAGAAAUAAGCAAAGCUAUUGAUGACAGCAAGCUCCUAAAAAAUUCCAGCGACUUAGAGAAGGAAGUCGAAGAAGUAAAACAAGCAGUCACCGCCGUCAAGAAGUCGUGUGAAGAAAAUCUUUCGGCAUUGGACAAGAUCAUUUCCUCUAUUAGUGAACUGUCGGCCAAAGAAAAGAACGAGGAUGUACUGCGCCCUUUGAAGGCCAAUGCCGAGACUGUCUUAAACAUUUGCGACGAGGAACUUUCCUCCGUCGUUGUCUGA